ACCGUCAAAGUGCAUCAGUGAACAUUAGGAUAAAUCAGGAGAUUCUGUUUCUCUUUUCUAGCAUUUGCAAGAUGGGCGCUGUAAACUACCACGUUUAUUAUAAAUAAUUGAAGCUAAUCCAUCCUUUCAAUGGGAAUUGCCCAAUGGGUAAAGUUGGCCUACGUCACGUUGAUCGACAAGAGGUCGGCAUUUACAUAAGCCUGGUCUUUAACGACAAGCUGUCAGCACAAUGCCACUUAAGAUCAAGACGAGACAGAACAACUGAUCACUGGCUGCCCCAGCCCACGUGACUGUCACUGCUCAUUCAUAUCACUAGCUCGCAGACAUCCCCCACCAAAUACACAACUGAUUGAAGGAGGCUGAAGGUUGGCUCGGUACGACCCCGGGUGAGUGGUGAGACGUUAAUUAGUCCCCGGGCCCAAAGAUCGGUCAGUGUGGCAGCCGGGCGCAGAAACACUCACGACGAUGCCACAAUGAGCACAUUCUUAGAUUUUUCGGCCAUAAGUGGUGGAGAUGGAGGUGGCGGGGGCUCCUGCUCAGUUAGAGCGUUCCAUGGCGACCACGGACUUUCAACAUUCCAAUCGUGUGCUGUUAGGGUAAAUAACUGCAGUGGGGAUGAGCGGUUCAUGCCCAGUAGAUCAUCACGAGACGCAGUCCCCUCUCAUCCACAUCAAGCCGUGUCGUACCAGUCCCCCGGAACACUGUCAAUCACCUAUAGCGCCCAUCCAAGUUAUGGGACUCAAAGUUUUUGCGCUGGAUACAGUCAUUAUGCCCUAAAUCAGGAUGUAGAUUCGUCUGUCAGCUUUCCCCAGUGCGGCCCAUUAGUUUACUCUGGAAAUAUUUCCUCUACCGCGGUGCAGCAUCGUCAUCAUCGCCAUGGUUACAGCAGUGGAAAUGCGCAUCUCCACGGCCAAUUCCAGUACGCUUCAGCCACAUACAUUAAUAGUUCGGAUCAGGCAAACCUUACCUUUGAUGGGGACUGCUCAAAUCCGCUAUCACCUCUGCAUGUGGCCCAUCACGAUGCUUGCUGCUCACCUCUGUCAGAUGGCGUGUCUACGGGGCAGACAUUUGACUGGAUGAAAGUUAAACGGAACCCGCCAAAAACAGGGAAAGCUGGAGAGUAUGGAUUUGGUGGGCAGCCAAACACUGUGCGCACAAAUUUUACCACAAAACAACUGACAGAGCUUGAAAAAGAGUUUCAUUUCAAUAAAUACUUGACUCGUGCGAGGCGUGUGGAAAUUGCUGCUGCGCUACAGUUGAACGAGACUCAGGUGAAGAUUUGGUUCCAAAAUCGUCGAAUGAAGCAGAAGAAACGCGAGAAGGAAUGUCUAUUGCCCAAAUCGUCGUACGAACCGAAGGAUGAUCUUGGAAAACCCGAAAACGCCUCAGAAAAGUCACUCUCCGCACCAUCCACGCCUUCCCCUGCUUCUUCGACUGUUGAUCCAUACUCCUCGAAUUAAAAGGCUUUGGCGUUUGUUUUGCCAAACUAAUAAUGAUGUUGCAGAACAGUCAGUGACUCCUGUGUCAAAGUUGCCAAAAUAAUCAUGUCGAUAUACGGACAUGAGUAAAUGUGUCAUAUAACAAUGCACUAUUUUGAGACUAUAUCGAACUAACAUUUGGAUUAUCAGUGUGUUUUAACUGUGCUACUUGUGUUAUUGUGAAAUGGCUGUUAAUUGUCUUGGGCACCUUGUCAUGCAACUAGAUAGAACAAGUUCUCACAAGUGGUUUGUGUAUUUUCUUGCACAUUUAUAGCGAACGCUGCAAUUUACACACAUCUUUGCUGGGUCGGACUUGUACGCCACUUGUCAGAAUGCCUACCUCAUGAAGAAACGGAUGAUAGUGCAAUAUAUGUAAGGGAUGCAUAUGAAAGAGAGAUUCAUUGUCCUGAUAACUCUCGGCAAAGGCUUGUUUGAAGAUAAUUACACCUUUUUUGGGCCAGGUGUUAUAUGCAUGGUGUUAAGCUAAAUUAUUGUUCUGUUGCGCUACAAGUUGUCAACCGCUCACACUGAGUUUUAUCAGUCAGUGAUGAUGACUCAAGCCUUUUCCGCAAAUCAUGUUUAGAAAAAGAUCAAGAUACGGGUGAAUUAAAUGUAUGAAUUAAAAUAGUUCUUAAUAUAUUUGAACUC